AUGAAAAAAACUCAGUCUGAGUCUAUUAAAGUCUCUCCUCAAGCAGAUUUAAAUCUUUUACACACAGAGAAGGCUUCUGCGCCACCUGCUGCUGCUCUUGCUGCUUCUCAGGCUGCUCCUGAUGAUGCCGCUCUUGCUGCUGAUGCUGCUGCUGAUGCUGCUGCUGAUGCUGCUGCAGCAGACAGCCCCAGCAAUGCAACCCAAGGCCCCACAACUGUUUUGCUUCCUGCAGAGACAGUGCAGCAGCCUCACGACAGUGCGGCUGCGGCAGCAUCAACUGGAGCUAUAGAAACUGCAGCAGCAGAAACUGCAGCAGCAGAAACUGCAGCAGCAAAAAGUGCAGCAGCAGAAACUGCAGCAGCAGAAACUGCAGAAGCGAAAACUGCAGCAGCAGAAAGUGCAGCCGCAGCAGCUGCAGCAGCAGAAAGCGCAGCAGCAGAAACUGCAGCAGCAGAAACUGCAGCAGCAGCAGAAACUGCAGAAGCGGCAGCUGCAGCAGCAGAAAGUGCAGCAGCAGAAACUGCAGCAGCAGCAACUACUGCAGCAGAAACUGCAACUGCAGAAACUGCAGCAGCAGCAACUGUAGCUGCAGAAACUGCAGCAGCAGCUACUGCGGCAGCUGAAAGUGCUGCAUCAGAAACUGCAGCAGCAGAAACUGCAGCGGCAGCAGAAACUGCAGCAGCAGCAACUGCAGCAGCAGAAACUGCAGCGGCAGCAGAAACUGCAGCAGCA